AUGCCUCUGCAAAAAACUCUCGAUGCUCUGUUAGCUCUUCUGAAGAACGAAGCCGUUCAGAGAUCUUAUCGAUUCUGUUUCUUCAUCGAUGCUCUGGACGAGUUUGAAGAUACCCCCCAGCACGAUGAUAAGUACAUGGUCGAUGCACUUCGCUCUUGGGUUCAGACUGCACCGAAUGUUAUCAAGCUAUGCGUAUCCAGUCGAGAACAUAAUGUGUUCGUGAACGCAUUCGCCGAUGGCCCAAGGAUCCGGUUGCAGGAACUGACUAGGCACGAUAUGGAGUGUUUCACACAGUCCAAGCUCGGAUCUAUACAUGAAGCCGCCAUUCGGGAGCGCCUCACACACGACAUCGUCGACAGAUCGGACGGUAUAUUUCUCUGGGUUGUUCUCGUCAUCAAGCAGCUCCGCCAAGCUUUGGAAGAUGGUCGCGACACAUCGUCUUUCGAGGAGGAGUUGGCGACGCUGCCCUCCGAGCUGGAAGAAUUGUUCGAGCACCUUCUCAAAUCCAUACAGAAAUCGCAGCGAAAAAAAGCGUAUCAGAUCUUUGCUAUGGUACAGGAACACGAGACUUUACCACACAGGCUGUCGCUGCUGUCUUGUCUACACAUAGACGCAUAUCAGGCAUACGGACAACUGGCAAUGAAGGAACCUUCUACAUCACCCAAGCUGAGCACCCAAGACGGAUUCGACCCGCAUAUAUGGUACGAAUCGCAGAUCAAAAAAGCACGUAUACUGCUACAAGGCUAUUGUAAGGGACUAGUCGAGGACCGGCCCGCCCCUGAAGUCCAUAAAGCGCGACUGGCCGAAAGAUCACGAAACGUUCCCCAACACUUCUAA